GAAUGGUUUGGUUAUUUCAACAUUUCCGAAGUAAAACUAGACCUAGUUUCACAAUAAAUCACAAGGUACUUUCUCGGUGUCUGGUCUGUUGUUAACGCUUCACACUAGGUAGUACUGCCCUGGUGGUGAGAGUGCACGGAACACUUCUGGCUGAAUAGUUGAAAAGCAAUCCAGCCAGUAGAGAUGAUGGCUCCAGUAGAGGGCAGCGUAAACGGCGCAGUGGUACACUUUGACGUGGAUUACACACCGGAUGAGGGUGAAGAGGAUGAUCGACUGAUACCAGAUGUAGAUACAGCAACCGGCCGUGGUGCAUGCGAGAGGUUAGAUGAGUCACAGGCACCUAAAGACAGGUACAACAUAGUCUACGCCAUUUGCUUUACAAUGGGGGUAUGUUCAGUUCUACCGUGGAACAUGUUCAUUACAGCAGUAAGGUACUUCAGUUACAAGCUUCGCAACACAACAAGUAAUUACACAGCCACCUUGGAUGAGAGCACGCCAUUGCAGAUGAUGUUUGAGAGUUACUUUGCUGUGGCAGCCAUGGUCCCAAAUAUUUUGAUCAUGUUAUUGAACUUAGCUUUGCAGCACAGGAUAUGUCUGCAAGUACGGGUAGUCGUUCCUCUCAUUGGAAUGAUGGGUCUAUUCAUCGUGACGACAAUCCUCACAAGAGUCAACACAGAUGAAUGGCAAACAGAAUUCUUUAUUAUCUGCAUAUGCAGCAUUGUACUAAUAAAUGCAUUCGGGGGUGUUUUCCAGGGCAGUAUAUUCGGUGUUGCUGGUGUUUUACCGAAGCGUUACAUGCAGGCAAUAAUGUCUGGACAAGGAAUGGGUGGCAUUCUACCCUCACUCUUAAGCAUCAUCUCUAUCGCUGCUUCCCAUACUGAAGCUGACAGUGCCUUCAUAUACUUCCUGUGUGCGGUAGCAUGUAUGGCCGUCACUCUGUUUGCUUUCUUGGUGCUUCCUAGAAUGAAGUACGCGUCCUUCUAUCUCAACAGGCACUCUGAAUUAACCAAAUCAAAACGGAUUGAGGAUCUGGAAAGCACUGAGAGUUUUGAGAAAGUCAAACAUCAUCAGAGACCACCAUUCUUUGAAAUCUUUUGGAAGAUUAAAAUUCCUGCUCUGAUGAUUUUACUAAUCUUUGCAGAGACGAUAGCGUUAUUCCCAGGCACAAUAUCAUCAAUAGGAGCCAUUGAUAGAUCAAACAAAAACUGGGCCAAUGAUUAUUUUACUCCAGUGAUGUGUUUCUUGACCUUUAACAUGAUGGAUUUUACUGGAAGGUCACUCUCAGUGAUACAAUGGCCAACUGAGAAGAACAUGAUUCUCCUGAUUAUCCUCAGCGUAUUACGAGUGGGCUUCUUCCCACUCUUUGCAUUAUGCAACAUUCAUCCAACAAGUCGUUCCUUCAGCGUAGUCUUCAACAAUGACGCCUAUCCGUUUGUCUUCAACACGUUGUUCGGUUUUUCCAACGGGUACCUAGGCAGUCUGGUGAUGAUUUAUGGACCAAAGUUUGUUGAUUUGAAACACAGCGAGACUGCCGGUGUGAUGAUGGCUCUAUUCCUGUCUGGUGGUCUAGCGAUCGGCUCAGUGAUCUCUGUAGUAUUUGUGAAGAUCAUUUGAGAUCUCCUGAACAAACAGUCGGAGGUUUAUUAAUGGCCAGUCAUGUCCGAAAAACAUGUUUGACAUGGAAGACCUACAACCAGUUUCAUAAAGCUUGUGUGCAGACCUGCUUACAAAGCAGGCCUUGCCACUGUUUCCAUUUAAAAACCACAGCUUACUGUAAUAGCAAUCAUUAAAUCAUUGCUGUACCCGCUGCUCAAAUUUACGAUUCAAACUGCCUCUAUCUAACGGGCAGUCUCUGUGGUCUAGUUGGUGAGACAUCUACUCUAGAUUGGCAAAGGUC